CCUGCGUGCACUGGUAGUUACAUCACGAAGGAAGCCGGUACAUUUCCUCCUCCUUCGUACGUGCGAAUUGAGAACCCAAGGGACCCCAAAAGCUGAACAUUUGACUCACAAUCUACCCCAUUAACGCUACAGUUGUGUUCACAGUCACAAUGUCUGCCUACGAGGAGAACGAGUCCAAAUUUAUAAGAAAAGCCAAGGAGAAUCCAUUUGUCCCUGUGGGAAUGGCCGGCUUCUUCGCCAUCGUGGGCUACAGACUGUGGAAGUUAAAAAGUCGCGGGGACACGAAAAUGUCCGUGCACCUGAUCCACAUGCGCGUGGCCGCCCAAGGCUUCGUGGUGGGAGCCAUGACUGUCGGUGUCCUUUAUACAAUGUACAGAGACUUCUUUGCCAAACCAAGAGAAGAACAGAACUCAACGCAAUCCAAGUGAACGUGGACUCAACUCCUUUUGUUUAAUGUCCCUUAAUAUUAAGGUUUAUUUUUCUACUGACAGCCCACACCGUAUGUAUGCGCAUUUCCACAAAGUAAAUAAUAUUGACGACCUGUCUAUGGAAUAGUACUGUAUGUCUGACCCAUCACACAGUUUGCAGUUAUAAUUCUUGAUUUAUCAUUUUUGUUUUGAUUUGGAAUGGUCUGGGAGUGUUUAUUGAAUGGCAGUUAAAAUAUAUUUAUAGUAUUGAGUGAGUGGCCUAGGAUCGACUACAUUUGGAAAAAAAAAAUAUAUUUUUCCCUGUGUUAUUGUCUUGAGAUUUAUCAUUGUUAUUGUCCUGGUUUAGGGAUUAUUACUAUAAUUAUUUUGCCAAAUCAAAAGCGGCACCUCAGCCCACUUUGGGCAUCCGUUGGAUUUAUCUUAGUAAAACGCAAAUCCGAAUCAUCUUUAUUUGCCAAGUAUGUCCAAAAAACACACAAGGAAUUUGUCUCCGGUAGUUGGAGCCGCUCUAGUACGACAACACAGUCAAUUGACAGAGAAGACUUUUGAGACAUAAGGACAUUGACGAAAAACAGUCACUGAGCAAUAAAGGGUUGCUAGUUAUCUGGUAAUGCCGGUACAUUUAUUUAUUUUUUGACAAUUGUGCAAAAAGAUGCAGAGUCCUCUAGCACUUAGAGCAGUUCGAAAGACUAAUAUUGCAAUAUUAAUACAUCAAAUUACAUGCAGUCGUCAAGGUUAUUAAAAUAUAUUCAUUCACUGGGUUCAAUAUAAGUAAGAUUGAUGAAAUGUCACGUUUUCCAUCGACAAGGGCCCAAUUUUAAGUGAAGCUUCAUAAGUGGCAAAUGAGGUGGUACGGUAUAAUGCGCUAACUGCUGAAAUAUUUCAUAGCCAGUGUAAUGCCUUAUGUGACACGUGUAUGCACAGUUUCAAUAUUUAUGUUUGUUUAUGUUUCGCUGAAAAAUAAAUGGAUCCGGUCAUGAAUACGGACUCAAAACGUU